GUCGGUGCCGCUGUGGCUGCGCGGGGCUGUGGGCGCGGCUGGUGUGAGCGGGAUGUCGGGCUGUGUGCCGGGCUCGGGGCCGCUCGGGGCCCGCCUGGACCUGCUGGUGAUCGGCGGCGGCUCGGGGGGGUUGGCCGCGGCCCGCAGGGCGGCCGAGCUCGGCAGGAGGGCCGCCGUGAUCGAGAGCAACCGACUGGGGGGGACCUGUGUGAAUGUUGGAUGUGUACCUAAAAAGGUGAUGUGGAAUGCUGCUGUGCAUGCUGAAUACCUUCAUGAUCAUGCUGACUAUGGCUUUGAAGUGCCCAGUGUGAAGUUCAGUUGGCGAAUGAUAAAGGAGAAACGAGAUGCCUAUGUCAGCAAAUUGAAUGACAUCUAUCAAAACAAUUUAAAUAAGGAUCAAGUUGAAACUAUUCGUGGUCAUGCUACCUUUACGUCAGAUGCUGAGCCUACACUGGAAGUAGAUGGAAAACGAUACACCGCUCCACACAUUCUGAUUGCAACAGGGGGUCGGCCAAUAGUGCCCAGUGAUAAAGACAUUCCUGGAGCUAGUCUUGGUAUCUCAAGUGAUGGAUUUUUUGAGCUUGAAGAGCUGCCUAGAAAAAGUGUAAUCGUAGGAGCUGGUUACAUAGCUGUGGAGAUAGCAGGUAUCCUCUCUGCACUUGGAUCAAAUGCUCAUCUGCUCAUACGGCAUGAAAAGGUCCUGAGAACUUUUGAUUCAAUGAUAAGUUUAAAUUGUACGCAAGAAUUGGAAAGUGCUGGUGUUAAAAUUCUGAAGCAUACUCAGGUUAAAUCCUUAAAGAAAAGUGGUGGCAGUUUAGAAGUGACGAUCGUGACUGGAGAAUCAGAUCAAACUGCUACAACAUCUGUACUCAAAGAUGUUGAUUGUCUAUUGUGGGCAAUUGGACGUAGUCCUAAUACGGAUGGACUGAACCUGAGCCAACUGGGAUUGAAACUAGAUCCAAAGGGUCACGUAGUUGUGGAUGAAUUUCAGAACACCAGCAAAAAGGGCAUCUACGCAGUAGGCGAUGUGUGUGGAAAGGCUUUGCUUACACCAGUUGCUAUAGCUGCUGGUAGGAAAUUAGCGCACAGGUUGUUUGAGGGGAAGGAAGACUCCAAGAUGGAUUAUAGCAACAUCCCUACAGUGGUAUUCAGUCACCCACCCAUUGGCACUGUAGGACUCACAGAAGAGGAAGCAGUGACUAAGUAUGGCAGGGAACGUCUGAAGAUCUACACAACCUCUUUUACCCCAAUGUAUCAUGCAGUCACUUCGAGGAAAACAAAGUGUGUCAUGAAGUUGGUUUGUGCUGAGAAAGAAGAGAAGGUUGUGGGACUUCACAUGCAGGGUUUUGGAUCUGAUGAAAUGCUUCAAGGUUUUGCUAUUGCAAUCAAGAUGGGAGCAACAAAAUCUGACUUUGAUAACACUGUAGCAAUUCAUCCCACAUCUUCAGAGGAACUAGUUACAAUGCGCUAGGACCGCUUGUGUGAAACCUUUCAAUCCAAAUAUAAAAUGAUCGCUGAAUGUUUUAUUGAAAAAAUGUGCUUUGAAGAAAAGGUUUUUCAAGUGGGAUCAGAAACAUUGCAACUAAUGCAGUAUUUUGUCAUUUCCAGAGUACCACAAGAAUAUUGAAUGCCUUGCAUAGCUUAAGUGCACUUCUGCACACAAGACACUGCACGUAGUUUCUGGAUCCCAUCUAGACCUUAUCUGCCUUUCAUCAGUUUACCUCUUGCCAGCCAGGCUCAGUUGGUAGCACUUGUGCCUUUGAGUUACAAGGUUGUGGGUUCAAGGCCGACAUCAGAGCUUUGAACCCAAUGUUAAGGUUGACAUUCUAGUGCAAUGCGGAGGGGGGGGGGGGGGCUAUAUUGUUGGAGGUGCCAUUUUUAAAUGAGAUGUUAAA